AAUCAGUUUUAUUUUGUGGACCAAGAUCACAUUUCCAGAAUGCUCUAAUAUAGAGUUAUAUAAACUGUCAAGAUGUUAAGCAUAAAAAAAAAAAAUGAUUUUGGUGAAUCACUGCUGCCUUUGUAAAAAUCACUGAUAUGAUGAAUGCCACUAAAUGGCUCAAAACUUUGGUCUGGGGGUGAGACCUUUCCACACAGUAAACACCCCAAAUCGUCAUUAAAAACCAAUAAAGUAUUCAUGUUUGAUAUUAUUGAAGUUAUUUGUUAAUCAUGCAAAAUCUAAAUAGAAAAAGUCUCGUAUAAUUUUAUUAUAAACUGGAUUGACCCGCCACUCUCUGGAUCUAAAGAGCCUUAAUUUGUUUUGUAUUGCAAUUUGCCAAUGUUUAAGAUUAAAAACGCAGGGCAGAAUAUGAUUUGUGUAAAUUAAAGAUUGCUUUAUAUAAUGCAACACUUUAAAAUAAUUUGUUCUUCUUCAUCCGCUGAGCAUCCGCUGACAUCCUCAUGGAGUUUGGUGUGGUUUACCUGAGAAAAAUUUGUCUCAGUCUCAGACUCCACGCCCACGAACCAUUGGCUUCUGCCGUCAGCCUGAAUGUCUGGUUAUGUGAGACUAAAAGCAAACAACCCAUGAACUUGAUAAACUGCUCUGUGAUCACGUUGUGUACAUGGAAUAAGUUAUGGUUGCUUGCAUGCUCUGAAAGUUACCGUUGUUUUUGAGAGCGAAACCUUUAGUGAACAACCUUUAGUGAACAUGGAUUAGCUGUUGAAUUAUUUUGAAAAACCUCUAGGUAUCCGAAAGUAAAAGCCACAGUAGUUUUCAUCGACAAGGAACUAGACUGAAACAUUCCUCAGCUGGAGAGUUUUACUUGCUGCCUACUUCUGUAGAUCUCUAUAGUCUGAAUGAGGAGAUGGAGCAGAGGGGCACUGCAGCCUCUCCAAAUCCCAGCUGUGUGUCUGUGAAGAGUAACAGAUCCAUAGACUAUCCUCCUGAUAUCAGUGAUGGAGCAGUGAACUCUGACCCCAGAGGUGAGAGUGAUGAUCUGAUCCAGGCUCAGUCCAGAUGUGGAGUUUGUGAGCAGGUUCAGAGAGAUCCAGUCUCUAUCUCAUGUAGACACAGUUUCUGCAGACACUGCAUCAGUUUAUAUAGGGAUCAGUCCAGACCAUCAGAAGACUUUGACUGUCCUCAGUGCAGAAACAGAUCCAGAACACACAUAGUCACAAGAGGAUCCUGUUCUGCUGGUUCUGCUCACGCACAAACAGCCCUGCUAAUGGAGACUGGAGACCAGCAUAAACCAGUGGAUGAUGAACUACAGAGAGUCAAAGAUCAACACAAAACCAGCAUGAAGAUAAAGUAUGAGAGAUUAUUUGAGGGAAUCAAACUCCAAGAGAAUGAAACCCUCCUGAACAGGAUCUACACACAACUCUACAUCAUAGAGGGAGAAGGAGAAGGAAUGAAUGAAGAACAUGAGGUUUUACAGAUGGAGAAAACAGCCAGAACACAACACUCACAAGACACUCCAAUCUACUGCAAUGACAUCUUUAAAGCCUCACCUGAACCAGGAUGUGAGGAGAAAGACCAAAUCAAGACUGUUCUUACUAAAGGCAUCGCUGGAAUCGGAAAAACCGUCUCUGUGCAGAAGUUCAUUCUGGACUGGGCUGAGGGAAAAGCCAAUCAGGAUGUAGAUUUCAUGUUUGUGCUUCCAUUUCGAGAGCUGAACUUGAUCCGAGAUCAUCAGUACAGUCUUCACAGACUUCUGCUGGACUUUCAUCCUGAACUUCAAGAUCUGGACUCAAAGAUUUAUGAGGAGUGUAAAGUUGUGUUCAUCUUUGAUGGUCUGGAUGAAAGCAGAAUCACACAGAUGUUUUCAGAUGCUCAGAAAGUUUCUGAUGUGACUGAGACUUCAUCAGUUGGUGUGUUAAUGUCAAAUCUCAUGAAAGGAGAGCUGCUUCCCUCUGCUCUCAUCUGGAUCACCUCCAGACCAGCAGCAGCCAAUCAGAUCCCCUCCAAAUACAUCAACCGUCUAACAGAGAUUCAGGGAUUCAGUGAGCCUCAGAAGGAGGAAUAUUUCAGGAAGAGAAUCAGUGACAAGCAUCAAGCCAGCAGAAUCAUCUCACACAUCAGAAGAGCAAGAAGCCUCCACAUAAUGUGCUACAUACCCGUCUUCUGCUGGAUCUCAUCCAGUGUGCUUCAAAAGCUUCUGAAAGAAGGUCUGAGUGCAGAAAUCCCUCAAACUCUGACUGAAAUGUACAUCCACUUCCUGCUGAUUCAGAUAAACAUGAGGAAUCAGAAGUAUAAAGAGAGAGACCCAGAGAAACUCCUGCAGUCCAACAGAAAAGUGAUUGUGAAACUUGCUGAAGUGGCUUUCAAACAGCUGAUGAAGGGCAAUGUGAUGUUUUAUGAGGAGGACCUGAGAGAGAGUGGCAUAGAUGUCACUGAUGCCUCAGUGUAUUCUGGGAUUUGCACUGAGAUCUUUAAGGAGGAAUCUGUGAUUCAUCAGAGGAAAAUCUACAGCUUCAUUCAUCUGAGCAUUCAGGAGUUUCUGGCUGCUUUCCAUGUGUUUUACUGCUAUUUAAGCAGCACCAUGGAGACCUUUAAGUUUUUUUAUUUAAUGCAUAAUCUCUUUAGAAGUGCAGUCGAUAAAGCCAUUGAGAGUGAGAAUGGAGAGCUAGAUUUGUUCCUGCGGUUCCUGCUGGGCAUCUCACUGGAGUCCAAUCAGAAACUCUUACAGGAUCUACUGACACACACAGAGAACAGCUCAGAGAGCAUCAGGAGAACCACACAGUACAUUAAACAGAAGAUCAAAGAUGAACAUGACCUCUCCACUGAAAGAUCCAUCAAUCUGUUCCUCUGUCUGCUGGAAGUGAAAGAUCAGACUCUGUCCAGAGAGAUUCAUGAGUUUGUGAAAUCAGACAAACACUCAGAGAAGAAACUCUCUCCAACUCACUGCUCAACAAUCGCCUACAUGCUUCAGAUGUCAGAGGAGGUGCUGGAUGAGCUGGACCUCAAGAAAUACAACACAUCAGAUGAAGGUAGAAGAAGACUGAUACCAGCUGUGAUCAACUGCAGAAAAGCUCUUUUGGCUGGUUGUAAUCUCACCAAACAGUCGUGUGAAAUUGUGUCAUCAGCUCUACAAUCCUCAAACUCUGUCCUGAGAGAGCUGGACCUGAGUAACAAUGGCCUGCGGGAUUCAGCUGUAAAGCUGCUCUCUGAUGGACUGAAGAGCCCAAACUGUCAGCUGGAGAUACUGAGGUUGUCAGGCUGUUUGGUGACAGAGGAAGGCUGUGGUUAUGUGUCUUUAGCUCUGAGUUCAAACCCCUCACACCUGAGAGAGCUGGAUCUGAGCUACAAUCACCCAGGAAAAUCAGGAGUCAAGAUACUCAACGACAAAUUGAAGGAUCCAAAAUGCUCACUGCAGAUACUCAAUGUGGAUCAUGGUGGAGAGUUCAUGAUGAAAGCAGGACUAAGAAAAUAUGCCUGUGAUCUCACACUGGAUCCAAACACAGCAAACACUCAACUCAUCCUGUCUGAGGAGAACAGAAAGAUCAAAUAUGUGAAUGAUCAUCAGCUGUAUCCUGAUCAUCCAGAGAGAUUUGCUGAUGUUCCUCAGGUUCUGUGUCGAGAGAGUCUGACUGGACGCUGUUACUGGGAGGUUGAAUGCACUGGUUGGGCUCGUAUAGCAGUGGCCUAUAAAGGAAUCAGCAGGAAAGAAGGGACUGUCUGUAAGUUUGGAUACAAUGACAAAUCCUGGUGUCUUUUCUGCAAUAGUAAAGGAUUUGCUGUCUGGCACAAUAAUAUAAGCUAUAAAAUACAAACUGAAGGAUCAAGUUCUUUACAAUCUAAAAGAGUAGGAGUGUAUCUGGACUGGCCGGCCGGCACUCUGUCCUUCUACAGCGUCUCUGACACACACACACUCACACACUUACACACAUUCAACACCACAUUCAGUGAACCCCUCUAUGCUGGAUUUAAGGUUUUUCAGUCUGAACUGUCUCUGUGUCAGAUUUAACAACAGACACACACAACUGACAACGCAUUCUACCUCCAUCAUAAUUUUGGCCAUAUAAAAGUGGAAAAGUUUUAUGAAACUUGCGUGGAUCACAAUAAUAAUGUAUGACAACAAUGUAAAACUAACAAAAUGUAAUUCAUGUAAACAUUUAGAAAAACAAGCUGUAAAGCAUGAAUGUUAAAAUAUUAAUAUGGUCAGUCAUAAUAGGAUAAAAGUAAUGUCUCUUCUGCAUUGAGAUGCACUUCAGGCAUAUAUCACUGAACUUGAGUUAUCAAUCAAAACAAUGUAAAAUCAUAGUUAUUUUAUAGUCUAAGUCACAUUCUGCAGGUUUAGACUUAAUCUUUGAGCUCUGUGGAUCUCAGUGAAGUUCCUUUUAAUCUGAUUUUCAUACAUAGAUGGUGGUUCUUGUUCUGCAUUCACCUGUGGAUUCUCAUGAACACAGAGAAGAGCAGGUUUUACUGCUUAGGCUAAAAACAAUUGUAAAGUUAAAUUAUAAAUAAAGAAACUUAUCUAACCUCUAA